AAAGAUUCCUCUCUGCACCUCGUCGCAGCCAGCAAAUUUCUCCUCCCCCUCUUUCUCCCUUCAUCGUAUUACGGAUUAGACUUUUGGAAAACCUCAGAGCUUCGACUCGUCGUCUCUCACUGCACCCAGCUCCUUACCUUCAGCUCAAUCCCCAGCAACGGCGUGAUCUACGGCUCUGAUUCAAUCUAAAGCCGGCGGCUUCACGUGGAAUUGGAGCACCUGAUCGCGAAAUUUAUAGGGUCUUGGGACAUGACCUUAUGACUGUUCUGAUCUGUUCUGAAGCUAGGAAGUCCUGACCGCCAUUCGUGUCCUUACUUUCCAUGAUCAGAGUUGAACAACUUGUGGUAUGUGCAUCUUUUUGAGGCCGAGGUCAAUUGUGAUGAUGGCACCGUGAGUUGAAGUGCAGGCUCUUCUGUAUCUGAUACAAGAAUCAAGCUCACAUGAUUUCUCUAGGGGAACCUGGGACAGAUAAAAUUGCCUCUGAUAUAGUACCGAAGAAAGAGAGUUCAAAUAGUGAAAUUCAUGCUCCACAUCAAAAUCCUGAUAAUGGGAUCUGUCCCCUGCAAUCAGAUCAUAGAGGAAAUGUUCAGUCUCUAAUACCUGAGAAAUCGUUACAGCUGCCUGAUGGUGUUGGUACUGCAUCUCAAUCAAAUCAAGAAGGAAGUGUUACGUCUUUAACAUCUGAGAAAGCACCACAAACCCCUGAAACCUCUGCCCUUGUCUUGCGAUCUGGUCAAGAAGGAAGCACUCCAUCUACAGCACGAGAGAGAGGGUUAGAGGAUGGUUAUCACUGGAGAAAAUACGGCCAGAAACUUGUUAAGGGAAAUGCAUAUGUAAGAAGUUACUACAGAUGUACGCAUCCAAAAUGUCCAGUGAAGAGGCAAGUGGAGCGCACACAUAAUGGGCAGAUAACAGAUACUGUUUACUUUGGUGAGCAUGGACAUCCUAAAGCUCAAGUUAGCGUCCCUGUAGCUGUUAGUUUUCUCGUGUCCAUUGUCGAAGAAAGACCAGAAGAGCUUUUGUUAACUGGUGUCGAAGGCAAACCAUCGGAUGUGCAUGGCCACACAUCUAACCAGAUUGAGCCAGUGGAUCCCUCUCAGCUAUCAACCGUUGCAGAUAAUGAAGGUGUGCAGAGAGUGCUCUCUCAAUCAAAUAGAACCAGAGAUGGUGAUCCAGACUCAAAAAGACAGAAGAAGGAAAAGCAUAAUGGCAACUCAAUUCCGGUGGAUAAGCCAGCUGGUGAACCGCGUGUUGUUGUUCAGACUAUGAGUGAGGCUGAUAUAGUGAAUGAUGGCUACAGGUGGCGCAAAUAUGGGCAGAAGUUAGUAAAAGGCAAUCCAAAUCCAAGGAGUUACUACAGAUGCUCAAAUCCUGGGUGCCCUGUUAAGAAACAUGUAGAGAGGGCGUCUCAUGAUUCAAAAGUUGUUAUAGCCACAUAUGAGGGGCAACACGAUCAUGAUAUGCCACCCACAAGGACUGUGACCCACAAUGCAGCAGCAUCAAAUGUGAUUACGACGGCCCGUAAUGGUGAGUCUGGCACUACAUCAGAUGGGAAUGCCGUCUGCCAUGAUACUAGCCCAAAACACGAAGAUAAACCAAACAAGCAACUUAAUGUUGAGCCAAGAACUAAAUCAAGUGAUGUUGCUGGCUGUGAUAUGGUCGUUGAUUCUGCUCUGGGUCCUGAAAGAAAAUUAAAUGAGCAAGUGGUUGGCAAAGCAUGUACCACAGAAGAAAGUGAUGCCCCUGAUAUAAUUGUUCCUAGGGCUAAUGAAUUGCAAAAUGGCGAGUCAGGAAUUAAAUCAGAAGGCAACAACGCCUGCAUUGAUACGGUCGUUCACGGCAAUCUGUGUCCAGAAAGUAAUUCACCGGAGCAAAAAAAUCCAAAAGCAGAACCUGUCUAAAGUUAACCUGCAAUGCUGGAUCCACAUUCAUCUAGACCCUAAAUAAUGUAUUAAUGUAUCAGGACCUGCUUGGUGCUAGGGGUAUAUCUUAUUCUUUCAUCCUCUAUUUGUCUUUUCGGGAGAGAGGAUGCCGGUGGGGGAAUGUACUCUUGGUUGGAGGGUAGGAUUUGGUGGAAUGGCAAUGGUGUUCAACUGCAGAUUGGAAGACUAACAAUAGCUGUGUAAAUUAUUUAUAUGGAUUGAAUAAACUCAAAGACGUAGAUUAGACUAAGCAAGUACUCAGUGGCACUUGAUAUCUGAUAGCUGUUUUUGUGCACAAACCCUUGUAGUAUUUGAUUCAAAAUCCUGUAACUUGGAUAUGCUGAAGACCAAACUAGAGUAUGCAUGGUUACUCCAUCAUUUUCAAUUCUCUUUA